AUGAUCCACAGAGACUUUCAACUUCUCGAAAAGGUCAAUCAAAAUGAAUUAUGGCCAUAUAUUAGCACUAGUUCAAAAUGCCUGGCCAAGAUAGAAGGAAAAAAAAAACUAUGGAGAAAAAGAAAUAACUUCAACAAAGGUUACACACCUUGGAACAAUAAGGUACAGUUUGAAUUGGGUGUUGAAGCAGAUUCUUCAAAUGCUGCAAACAUCAAAGUCAGUAGACCUAAAAUAGAAAUUUAUGAAGCUGCACUGACACAGCAUAAUGGUGCAGCAAAUACAUUGCCAACAAGACUGCGGCCCCGUCGUUCGUCUCAUAAGGAGAAAACUGAAGAACAGGAGGACUGUUCUGAAAACAUUAUUGUAAAUUUUUCUAAAUUAAAGGAUUUUAUAAAAAAGUGCUUAAAACACAGGUGCAGGAACACGUCAAAAGUAGAUGUGGCUAUUGCAAAGCGCAUGGGAUUAUGUAUUUCUCUUCAAGCCAAUUGUGAAAAAUGUAAUUUUGACACCAGAGCCUGUAAAGUGUAUACUGAAUGUGAGAAAAAAAGCAGAGGACCAGCUGCUGGUUACCUCCAUGAGGCAAUGACUCUUGCCAUACUAAAAACCAAAAUGGGAGGGACAGACUUACAAAUGGCUCUAGCUUGUCUCAACAUCAAGGUACCUAGUUUACAAUUAAUAUCAACAAAUGUCAAAAAACAAUGUGACAAAAUGAUAGAACUGAAUGAGGCGGCAAUGGUAAAAAAUCAGCAAUUUGUUCAAGAAUUUAAUCAAUGCAUAGGAAAAGAUAAUGAGGUGGAUGUGGAGACCGACACGGCCUAUAAUAACAGAAAUCAAGUCGGAUAUGAGGCCGGCACACAGUCCUUUUGUCCACUAAUUGAAAAAAAUACUGGACUUAAUUUACUAAUGACCAUGUCAACUGCUAACAAACUUUGCAACAGGAAAAAUGAGUGUUGUCAUACUGAAUGUAAGAAAACUUAUAGUUCUGAAGAAACCAUUUCUUCAAGUGAAGGCAAACUUGCUGAAAAAAAUUUACAAAAAAUGAAUGAUCUUAAAAUUUUAAAAGUGAAAUCUGUGACCAGUGAUGCAAGCGCUCAAUUGAGUAAAGUUGUGAGAGAAUUUGGUAAAAAGUCCGGCAACUCCAUCCGGUACUAUCAAUGUUUUAGUUCAAAAUGCCUGGCCAAGAUAGAAGGAAAAAAAAAACUAUGGAGAAAAAGAAAUAACUUCAACAAAGGUUACACACCUUGGAACAAUAAGGUACAGUUUGAAUUGGGUGUUGAAGCAGAUUCUUCAAAUGCUGCAAACAUCAAAGUCAGUAGACCUAAAAUAGAAAUUUAUGAAGCUGCACUGACACAGCAUAAUGGUGCAGCAAAUACAUUGCCAACAAGACUGCGGCCCCGUCGUUCGUCUCAUAAGGAGAAAACUGAAGAACAGGAGGACUGUUCUGAAAACAUUAUUGUAAAUUUUUCUAAAUUAAAGGAUUUUAUAAAAAAGUGCUUAAAACACAGGUGCAGGAACACGUCAAAAGUAGAUGUGGCUAUUGCAAAGCGCAUGGGAUUAUGUAUUUCUCUUCAAGCCAAUUGUGAAAAAUGUAAUUUUGACACCAGAGCCUGUAAAGUGUAUACUGAAUGUGAGAAAAAAAAGCAGAGGACCAGCUGCUGGUUACCUCCAUGA